CAGCUCAAGCGUGAUGACAUAACGACGUACGGCGGGCGCCGACUCCGCCCCCGAGCAGAGAGCGCACAUUCCUAUUGUCCAAGAUGGCGUCGUGGUAGCUCCUCGCCCGUCGCUGACGGACGGACAUGUUUUCCUUUUCCAGCCGCUUUUGGCUUCUCCGUCCAGGGCGCCGCGGGCCGGAAGUGGCACUUUAGCGGAGCCGAGGAUUACCGGAGCGCGCUCGCUCGUCUUUCUUCUUGUCGUUGACGUCGUCCGGGGCCGACAUGAAGCGGCAGGCCGCCAGGGAGAGCUCCCCUCCGCCUCCACCGAGGGCGGCCGCCAAGCGCCUACGGGAGCGGGACCGGGAUCGCGAGCGAGAGCGGGAGAGCGUCCGCCGGGACGAGUUGGCACCGCCGCUGGCGCUGCUGCUGGCCGACGGCCGUGGACAUCGGCGGAGGAGCCGCAGCCGGGAGAGGGAACGGGAGCGGGAGAAGGCGGCCGUCUCGGCGGCGGCGGUGGCAGCCGGGCUGCGGGCCCCCGCCGCCGCCGGCCUGCGGGCCCCAGCCAGGGACUACAAGACGCUGCUCAUCAGCAACGUGGGCCCGCAGGUCCCCGACGACGACCUGGAGGACGCCCUGUUCCACGAAUUCAAGAGGUUUGGCGACGUGAGCGUCAAGCUGUCGCACACACCAGAGAUGGGCCGCAUCGCCUACGUCAACUUCCGACACGCGGAGGAUGCCAAGGAGGCGCGCCGCGCCAAAAGUACGUCGCGACUGCUGCUGGCCGAGCGGCCCCUCAAGAUCGAGCCGGUGUAUGUGCGGCGGAGGAGCGUCACCCCGCCGGACCCGGGUUACCUUGCCGCCGCGCAGGCGCACUACCCGCCCUACCGCCAGAGGUCACUGUCGCCGCCUGCACCCUCACUAAGCUUGCGGGAGUUGCGCGCCCGCCACUACGCGCUGGAGAGCCUGAGCCGCGAGCGCCUCUUGGACUAUUACGGCAUGCUGGACGAGCGCGGGCGCCCCUACGGUCUUGCGCCCACCCCGCCCCUGCUCCCACCGCCACCGCCUGACGACCUCAAACCCGAGGAUGACCAGCGCGCCACCAGCAAUCUCUUUAUUGGCAACCUGGACGGCGGUGUGACCGAGGUUGAGCUGAGGCGCGGUUUUGAAAAGUACGGCACUAUCGAGGACGUGGUCAUCAAGAGGCCGGCACGGGGCCAGGGCGGCGCCUACGCUUUUGUCAAGUUCCAGAACUUGGACAUGGCCCACCGCGCCAAGGUGGCCAUGCAGGGCCGGCUGGUGGGCGGCCACCCCGUCAAGAUCGGCUACGGCAAGGCCAACCCCACCACGCGACUUUGGGUGGGUGGCCUCGGCCCCACCAACUCGCUGCCCGCCCUCGCCCGCGAGUUCGAUCGCUUUGGCAGCAUCCGCAACAUCGACUACGUCAAAGGUGACAGCUUCGCCUAUGUGCAGUACGAGAGCUUGGACGCGGCGCAGGCGGCCUGCACGCAGAUGAGGGGCUUCCAUCUGGGCGGGGCCGAGCGCCGCCUACGCGUGGACUUUGCCAAGGUGGAGGAGAGCGCCGGCCGCCCUUUCACGCUGGCGCAGCCGCCGCCACCACCACACUACGAGUCGCCGGGCGAGGCCUACGGACGCCGCCGAGCCAGCCUAGAGCGCCGCGCGUCCCCGUCCUUUGCCCCCAGCCCCCCGCGGGGGGUUCAGGAGAGGAGGUCUGCGGCUGCCGCCGAGGCCUUCGGAAGGCGGGGGCGCAGCCGCAGUCGCGAGCGUUGGCCAAAGGAGCGUGAGGAGAAGCGAGCCCGCAGGGGGCGCAGCCGCAGCCUGUCAGCCGAGCGGGAGAAGGCACGGGGGCGGCCUCGCGCAUCGCCCGAGCUCAGCGUGCGGGCGCCUGACUCCACUACCGAGCCGCGGGAUCACACUCCCGAUGCCAGAGAGGCCGAGUCGCCGCCUGCCCGCCAGCGCAAGCCUGCCGAGAGCCACCGUCGCGGGGGCGAGGCGGCUGUCCGGGCCUCGCCGCCCCCGCCCCCUGCCGGCGGCUCGCUGUCAGAGUUCGCGGCAGCUGCGCUGCCUAAAUCUUGGCGCGGCGUCUUCGCGCUGAAGAACAGCAGCUUCCCGGCCCAGCUCUACCUGCUGGAGGGGGGCGCCCCUUUCUUUGGUGCCAUCAUGCGGCGCAACGGUGAGCCACUGAAGAUCGCGCAGCGCCUGCGCAUGGACCAGAGCCGUCUGGACGAGGUGGCACGCCGCAUCAAGGCGGGGCGACCUGACGCCUUCGCCGUGCUGCUGGCCCUGCAGGGGCCGGCGACGGCCCCGCGUCCGGCCGCCCCCGAAGGGGGCCCGCAGGUGCGCCUGCUGCGCCACCUAGUGGCCUACCUACGCAACAAGGAGGCAGCCGGCGUGGUCAGCCUGCCGGGCGCCAUGUUGUACGCCUUCCCGCCCGGUGACUUCUCCCUGCGCUUCCUGCAGGCAGCCAAAAAAGCGGCCACACGUCUGGACGAGGAGCACAUGGUGGUGGUGGUGGUCAACGACACCAAUUGAACCAGGCGCCAGCUCCUCUGGGACUUUCACACUACAAAAAUGGCGAUGAACUUUUCCUACUUGUUUUUGCUUUCGGGCCAAAAUGUCCUUUCCCUUUUCAAAUGCUCUUUUUAUGUCUUUUAAAGGUCCUUGUCUGGUUGAAAAGAAAUGUGAACUCUUUAUGCCGGCUUCCCUCUCUUUUUUUCACCACACACACAAAGUUGCAUGCAAAUUGACAGCUCAUUGAUUAGCAAUACAAUCGCUCAGAGGCACAAAUUUUCUCUAUCAAAUAAAAUAAAAUUAUCAUUGCACGUGUCCCAGGUGCACAUACAGCAAAUAUGCUUUCAGGCGCAGCCAACAUCUGGUUUGUCUUUGGGAAAUGACAUUUUCAGACUCAAAACUGAACGAAAGUGUGCCCCCCCCCCCCACACACACACACACUGGGAAGAAAAAAGUGUCCCUUUUUAGGAGACAAAAACAUUUUCUGCCCCAAUACAUACACAGUUGUCUAUCCUAGUAGUAAAAUGUUUUCCUGUAUUUACAUUUUUUAACAGCCCUCCCUUGGUGGUCAUUCUAACCCUUUAUAUGACGAGUGUUUUGGCUGUGAAUGGUCAUAUUCUAGUGCUGUUGACGACGAUAGGCGUCCAAUCUAUUUUGACUGGCAGGUGCAAAUAAACCAACGUUCAUCGCCCCUCCCAGUCAGAAUGGACGUCUAGUGCCGUCAAUGGAAGCCAGUGAGUGCUCCAUAAAGGGUUAAGGAGCUCACUAGUAAAAUUCUUCUGGUGUAACUUAAUAUUUAAAAGUGUCCAUGCCCUGCGCCCCUAUUUUGAAAACCACAGGUUCAGUUUUUACGUGAUAAAUUGCAGUCUCAUUAUUCCGGAAGUUGGAACAUUUAAUGUGGUUCAAUCUUUUAAAUUUGAAUAAGUUUCACAUACCACCAAGUGUCACAUUGUGAUGUGAUAUACAUUCUAAAUUUCUAACCUUUAACCUCCUAAUCAAAAUGAGACUCAUUAUAUUGAUAGUUUUUGGAGAGUUAUUUUGUAAUGUCCAAGCUGAACCUGCUUUUCGUUCCUUUUGGAUUUUCAUCAGCCAGAAGUCACAGUCCCCUUCCCAAAACGCUGAGCAAGCGCUACAACACACAGGUCCUCUAACAUAUUGUCAUAUCCAUCUGAUGAGUAGCUAUGUAACAAUUUGAAGAGUUUUUUUUUUUUUUUUUUUAAUGUCGAAAAAAUAAGAGCUUUUACAGUUUGUUCCGUUUUUACUUUAAAAUGACUUUUUAAAUUUCAAUGUU